UUUCCGCACCGCGGUUCCCCAUCCUCCACCCCAAGCUUCCGAAGAAGCGGACGGACGGCGGGGAUAAAAUGGGUCUGGAGAGGGUGGGGAACCACGAGUCUGCGGAGCCCCAGUCCUGCUGCCCGCGCGCUGGCUCUCGGCUCCGGCGGGCACUCCUGAGAGCGAUGAACCCGGCAGUCGGAUCCCGCGCCUCCCGCCCGCGGUCCAGCCCGGGGCUGCUUCUCCUGGGGCUGCUGCUCCUGCCGGCCAUCGCCCUCGCCCAAGAGUCGUCAUUCCCUGCCACCUUUGUCCCGCCCCCAGUGGACUCUGAAGGUGGAGAGGAGGAUCUGCAAUGCGUGUGCCUGAAGACCACUUCGGGGAUUCACCCCAGGCACAUCUCCAGCCUGGAAGUGAUCGGGGCCGGGCUUCACUGCCCCAGCCCCCAACUGAUAGCUACGCUGAAGACGGGGAGGAAAAUUUGCCUGGACCAACAGAAUCCUCUGUAUAAGAAAAUCAUCAAGAGGCUUUUGAAGAGUUAGCUGCCUAAAUCUCUACUUUUGCUAUAGAAAAUGUUCUUUUUUUAAAAAUUUUCAAUCUACUUUUGGAAAACAAAUCAUCUGAUGUUUUUAUUAUCCUUGAAACUCUACAAAAAUAAAAGCAAUGAAGUUUUGAUAGUCAGUAUGCCUCAAUAAAGCAAAGAAAUAACGUUGACAUAUCACAAUUUCAUAUGAAGAAAAAUCUCCAGAAUUUUAAGCAAAAAUAUAUUUUGAAAAGAUUUGGUUUAAUAAAAACUGGUUUUACUUAA